GAAACAGUGGACAAAGAACGACGAGAGCAUGAGAUGGCCACAUGGAAGAAGCUGGUAGUUGGUCAUGGAAUUUCUGAGCCUAUUCCUCCCAUGCCUUCACGUCUUGUAACAGAUAAUGACCUGAAAGAAUUCUAUGAAGUAAUGAAGAUAACUGAAGAAGUACCAAAACCUAGGGAGGGAGCCCAAGUCGGGGGGGUAAAGAGGAAGAGCGAAUAUCUUGGAGGUCUCGACACACAUAAUUACGGGAGGGGGAAGCGGGCAAGAGAGGUGCGAUCCUAUGAGGAACAGUGGACAGAAGAGGAGUUUGAAAAGAUGUGCAAGGUUGACUCGCCCGAGUCCCCGGGGCCAAAGGAAGCUGUGGCAGGAGAAUCGUCGACCAGUAUUAGUGGGCCAGUUGUAGGAGAUGUUUUGAAGGAAGAACUUCCUGCUGCCUCCCCUUUGCCUCCUGUUGAGCCUAUGGCUCAGCAUCAAACACCACCCUCAAGGCGAGGUCGUGGAAGACCAAAAAGAGUGGCUGUCGAUAAGUCGCCUGCUCCAGUGGUUUCUCCAUCUCCUUCCAUGGCAGACGACGUGGACACAGGGUUGCAAGGAGAAACUAUUUCAAGCCGUUAUCAAACUGCAAACGUAAAUGACGUUGCUCGGGUAAUGAAGGAAGUCUUCUCUGGGACUGGCUUGUCAAAAGCUAAAGUUGGAGCGUCGUCUGAGAUUGAAAACAAGGAUGCUUCCGCGAUGCCUGUUUUGAGCAAGUCCUCUAUGGAGGUGACCAAAAGUCAUAAAUCAGAGGCUAUUUUAAAUUCCAACAUUCCAGUUGAGGCCCAUGAAAAAGAAUAUUCAGAUGUAGCUAAUGAAAUGAGACCAGAUUCUGCAAAUGCUUUAGAAGAAUCCAUCGUUCCGAAGAUCGAUGAUGACGGUUCUGGAUGUGCGAAGGCUGAUUCAGUAAAUAAAUUGGUUGAAUCAAGAGAAACAUAUGAUGGAUGCUCAACUGUG